CAGGAGGUGUCUCAGCUGCUCGUUUUACCUAUAUCCAGGCCGGCUAGCAAAACUUUCUCAGACUGGAUGAAACUGUACAGACACACACAGCCUUGGAAAGACUUUCUCUGCAAAGCUCCUCACCACUCUGCAUUCUGGGAUUAAGAAAGUUUACUGAUCUGAAAGCCCAAGGGUAUUGCCAUCCAUAAGGAAUUUCUGUCACCCUCUUCUCUUGUUGUUGGAAGUCAUGCUGUGAAGUCCUAGUCUGGAAUUUGAAUUGAUUAAGCGCCCUGAUAUCUUGAAGCAAUGGCAGACCCUGCACUUAUAGAACUCACGUCAAAACCCCCGGAUCUCUGCUCGGAUUGCGCCCAGAUUCACCCGGUUACAGACAACCACAUAUACAACUUUCAGGAUGAGGUGGAUGAUGAGCUGGUCUGUCACAUCUGUCUCCAGCCCCUGCUGCAGCCUAUGGACACACCUUGUGGUCACACUUACUGCUACAAAUGUUUGGAGAACUUCCUCAAGGAGAAGGACUUUUGUCCCAUGGACCGUAAGAAGCUCAGCUUCCAACACUGUCGCAGAUCCAGCCUCUUGGUGAGAAACCUCCUGGACAAGUUGUCUGUGAGCUGCCCCUUCCAGGCAGAAUGCAAACUGGUCGUGCAGAGAUGUGAGCUGGAACCUCACCUACGCAACAGAUGCUCCGGCUUCAAGAAACACAAAGCUGAGAAACAGAGGAAAAAUACACCUAUCUCCUUGAAGAAGGAUGAUGUGGAGGGACAAGCAGACAAUUUGCAAGCAGGUGGGAUCUCCAGUAUCUUAGCAGAAUCUUCUCUUGCUGCUGUGGUGUCCCUUAGCUCUUCCGAACCUGGUUUGGUGAAUCCAGCAUUUGAUGCACAUGAUGAUGACCAACCACAUAGGACAAGUUUGGUAGCAGAGACCAGCAUAGUAGAGAUCCAUCGCGAUGACCCCGAAGAGGACAUUGGUAUGCGGAUUGUCGGGGGCAGGGACACCCCUCUCGGUAACAUAGUAGUUCAAGAAAUAUUGAAGGAUUCGCUGGUUGCUGUUGGUGGCAAAGUUACCCCUGGAGACCAUAUCCUGGAAGUGAAUGGAAUUAACACCAGCAAUGUGUCUCACAGUCAAGCCAUUGCCUUACUGCGCCAGCCCUGCUCCAUUUUGCAUCUCACAUUGCUUCAAGAGAAAGGCUUCUCCCAAAGGUCUCCCCGAGCAGAGGCCAACUCAGCUGUUGCUACUCCCUGCAAGGAGGUGAUCCAGGUCACUCUGCUAAAGAGGGACCGAUCAGAGCCUUUGGGUAUCAAGCUGGUCAGGAAGACUGAGGAGGCUGGUGUAUUUGUUCUAGAUCUGUUAGACGGAGGACUGGCCGCCAAGGAUGGGAGGCUACGGUGUAAUGAUAGAGUUCUGUCUAUCAAUGGCCAGGAUCUGAGGCAGGGGACACCAGAGACUGCAGCACAGAUAAUACAGCUGAGCGAGGCCCGUGUUAAUUUUGUGGUCCUGAGGCAGACUGUAGUGCAACCCAUGGAAGUCACUGAGGAAGGGGCUUCAUCUGGCAGUAGUAGUAGCAGCAGCAGUAAUGGAGGAAGCCCUGUCCACCCACGUAAACGGCCAAGUCUACGCCCAUGUCGUGGGAAAUCAACCCAUCAGAAGGACUUCUCUGGUCUAGAAAAGACCGUUAAUAUGAAGAAAGAGGUGCGAGAAUCUUUGGGAAUAACCAUUGGCGGAGGAAGGGAUCACAAAAACAGGCUCCCAAUCUACGUGUCAAGCAUUCAACCCAUUGGAUGUCUAUACAGAGAUGGGAGAAUCAAAAGAGGAGACCUCCUUCUAAGCAUAAAUGGAACAGAACUGACAUCACUGAGUUAUUUGGAAGCUGUAGCCGCACUCAAGGCUAAUGCAGCGUCUCACACAGUUGUCCUGAGAGCGCUGGAGUUUGCAGUGGAAGAGCAGAUAGGGGAGUCUGCUGAUGGAGCCACAGGCACUCAAGCAAUGAGAGAUCCUAGUGGGGUUUGGUCACCUCUUUGGGUCUCUUGGCUUUCUCUUCCAAGCUGUCUUCACUGGUGUCGGGAUAUCUCCUUGCGGAAGAGUAACCUUGAGAGCUGGGGCUUUAGUAUUGUUGGUGGCUAUGAAGAAGCUAAAGGUCACCAGCCAUUCUUCAUUAAAACUAUAGUGCCAGCCACCCCAGCAUUCUUCGAUGGAAGAUUAAAAUGUGGAGAUGAAAUUGUUGCAGUCAAUGGAGUUUCUGCAAUGGGUAUGAGCAAUGCAGAGCUGAUACCCAUGUUAAAAGAACAGAAGAACAGAGUGACACUGACCGUGGUUUCGUGGCCUGGGAGUACUGUGUGAUGCUGCUUAAGUGUUCAAUAAAGAGGCCUAAUAUUCUGCAUUUUAUCAUCUCUGAGCCAUUUGGGAAAUAUGAGGCCUUCCGUGUCCUGCUGUCUGUUUUCCUUGAUGUUUUCAAUAGAAGAUUACUGUUAGCCUUAAGGAGUAGAGAGAGACUUUUAAUAGACUGUGAUUUCCCCCCCCCCCCCCCAUUUAAGAUACUUUUUUUUUAGAAAAAUGUAAAAUGUUUGGUGAAUCAGGAGAUGUAAAUGCAAGAGAGAAACUUUACAAGGAAGAGAUGAUCAUUACAAUACUAGAGUAGACUUAAUGAUUCUGUGCUUCAUGACAAGGGUAGUUAAAUACGUGUGCUAUACUCUUAUCUAGUCUGUCUAUGAAUCUGACUAUGAAAUGGUUUCUGCCUUUUUGACAUACCAGCAAUCUAAGGGCUGUUAAACUCCAUUCUGCUGUACAUUUAAGACUAUGUGUUUAAGGAGGGGUUAAUAUUGCAAAUCUAGAAAUACUUCAUUAAUCUCCAACUCCAUUUUCCCAUCUGAAUUGUUUGAUCAUCCAAUCUGGAAUACAGUAUAUUGCUGGCAGUGGUGUAAAGGUUGUUUUUUUCUCAAUCAAAUUGUAACAAUGAAGAACUUUUUCUGAUUUCCUGCUAGUACUGCAGGUUAAAGGGUCAUUAAAGCAUUUUAUUUGUUGUAUCUAGAAUAGGGCAUUAAAAUAUAUUUUCUUUAAAAUGAUAGUAAUUGUCCACAAAUCAUCACACGUGGCAUAUACUUUUUGUCCACCAGGAUAUAUUUUUCAAAUGUGAUUUGUGGGCCUUCACUAUUAUAAAAGAGAGGCAUUUUUUUAUUUUACAUGUUUCUAUACAAGUGAGUUUCUAACCAACGGACCAAAACUGCACAGACAAUGCACUUUCUUUUCUUUUCAAAAUAAUCAUAUAGCAUAUUUAUAUAGUGGUCUUAUAUAUGCUUUAUGGAUUAUUAUUUUUUAUCAUUAUUUUUUUAGAAUUUAAUGUCCCUUUAAUAUACUUUAGUGUCUCUAGUUUGUAUAAUUUAAAUACAAACCUGCUGAUUUGCAUGAAUGAUAGUUUUAGCUUUUUUCCCGUUUUAAAACAUUUUAAUCUUUAAUGUUAUUAGUGCUGGGUUAUAUAUUUUAAUUUAGUUGAAUCUAUUUCACACUAUAGAAUGUAGAUAAUUGCCUGAUACUUUAGUGAGAAAGUGUAAUUGUUUUACAUAGGCUCCUCUACCCUGAAAUUACAGCAGAUAACAAUGAGAAUUGUUAUGACUCAAGCUUGCAGAUUUAUGUGUAUUAAUGCAAUUAUUGCCUUAUCCUCUAACAUCCUGUAGUCUAAUGAUCUCGCCUUAGGUUAAAUUAAGAGUCACACAGCCUUAUUAUUUCAAAUGAUUAUUGCUCAGAAUGUUGCCUUAUCUGCUGCCCCCACACUGCUUAAUGAAAGGUUCUAUGAAUCACAUUGUUUUCCCUAAAUUAUUUUAAAAGACCCAGUUAUACUGAAUGUACUGGGUACUUUUAAUAAUGUAGAUAUGUGUAAAAUGUCUUCUCACAAGGUUACCUGACAUUGAAUAAGUUAUAUUUUAUGAUUGUGUUUGCUACAGGAAAAAAAUAAUUUCUUUGGGACACUUGCAAAUACUUUUCUGUGUAAUUUACAAAUGAUCAGGAUUGUCACAAAGUUGUAAUCCUUUCUGUCUGGACAGCUUGUUUGUAAUGUUGCACUAUUUCUGCUAUAUGUAAAUGGUCCUGAUUCACAAAUCCAUCUCAGGAAGUUUUGUCAUGAGAUCAAGAAGUGAUUUUUGUAAAUGUGUGAAAUAAAGUUUGCUUAUAAAAAAAAAAAA